AAAUUUAUUUUUAUAUAUGAAAAAUAAUUUGUGAAAAAUAGAAUAAAUUCUAUUGAUUAUUAAUUAUGGCCGAACCUGCACCAAUCCGUCCUCAAAGGAUAAUUCGAGCCAAUCGUGAAAUAACGGGUGGUCUACUUAUGUCAGUCAUACGAUCAUUAACAACAUCGCGUGAUUCGGCCGAUCGUGAUCGUGAACGUUUAGAAUUGGAAAAAGGAUUUCAACAAUGUGAUGCAAAAUUAAAUGAAUUAAUUAGCCAACAUGGUAAUGAUCUUUAUAAGGUGAUGACCAUAUUCUCUACGAUUCUUACGAAUUUAAGCCGAGCAAAAGAACGUUUAAUUGAUACACGUGAUAAGUUAUUGAAUUGUCAAAAACUUUUACAUUGUAAACGUGAAGAAUUGAAAAAACUUUGGCUAGAAAUUAUUGAAAAUCGUGCCGUAUUCAAUCUAUUGGAACGUAUUGAACGUGUAAGCGCCUUACCAAGACAAGUUGAAUCAUAUGCCGAUAAGAAACAUUAUCUACAUGCUGGAAAAUGUUGUGUAGAUGGAUUACGGCAAUUAGGAUGUUCAGAAUCAUCACCAUGUUUAUCAUCGGUUGGUGAACUAGAUCCAUCAUCAACAACAACAAAUGGAUUUCAAAGUCCAUCAUCUGCAAUGGGUAAUAAUCAAUUUGAUUUUUCAUUGGGCAAAAUUGAAGCUUUGACCGAAGUACGUCAAGAAUUGUUAACAAAAAAAGAAAUGUUAUUCGAUAAAUGUAUAGAAGAAUUACAUCGACAUUUAUAUUCAAUUACCACUGAAAAUGUAAGAAAACAAUUUCAAAAUGAACAACAACAACGACAGAUACGUGAAACAUCGAAUUCAAAUCAGAACCAUAAACCAUCAGUUAUUUAUGAUAAUCUUCGUUUAUAUGAAAAUCAGAUGAUAAAAACUGAUCAACAACAACAAUCACAAUCAACGGCCAUCCAAGAUGAGAAUGAUUUUGAUGCAUAUCCGGAAGAGGAUAGCAGGCAAUUUAUUUCAAUGUUAACUAAAUGUAUUGGCUUAUUGAACAAAAUACCCGACGCUGUUAAAAUUAUCAAAGAACGUUUCGAUGAAGAAUUCGUUAAUGUUGUUAUUCGUACAGCACAAGAUAUAUUGAUUUCCAAUCAAAAUGAUUCUAUCGUUGACAGUUUAGCUGCUGCUAAUAAUACCGAUUCAAUGUCAUUGAUGGAUCUUGAUGCCGAUGGUAUACCUGAUGUAUCAUCGAUGGCAGUUGUUAACUCAACGCCAACACCGAAUACUGGCCAAGAUUUAGUCGUAUUAACGUGUACACGAUUAUUGGGUUAUCGUUAUAAUGGAUUUAGCCAUUUACAAUCAUCUGCCAAUGAUCGUUCCUACAAUCAAUUGCAAUGGCCACGAACAUCACUUCAAUUACGACAAUUGUUUGAUAUGUUGAUCCAGCAAUUCUAUCACAUUAUGGAAUUACACGACACAGUCAUUCUUAUUAAUCUUAAACGUAUUGAUUCUGCACUUCAUUUGGCUGCUAUGGCUGACAAUAUGACCAUUCAAGAUCCGAAUGAUGUUGAUUCAAAUUCAAUGGCCGUCAAUACGGCUUUUUAUUCGUCGAUAGAUAUUUGGUCUAAGAUACAAUUGCUUAUCCAACAAUUAUUAGAUUAUUAUUUAGAUAUUUCGCAAAUUUCCGGUCAAGCUUCAUCUACAGGUCCCAUUGGUGGUGCUAUGAAUUAUAAUCUUGUAUCAUCAUUAUUGCCAUCUGCUGCCGUCAACAUGUUAUUCGGAUUAAAUAGUGCAGGAACAACAACUUCUGUUACUAGUAGUGGUCCAGUUGGUUCUGGAUGCCCUGAUAAUUUAUCUUGUUUUUUUAUAAAACGACGUCCAAUGGUUGUUGCUGGUGCCAUGAAUGCUGUAAUGAUGAUGUCAAAAAAUACUUCAAAUUUCUCUAAUACAGCCGCUGCUAGUGGUUCUGGUGGUCAAACAACAGGCACUAUGGAUCAAUCUGAUUCUGGAACUGGUCAAUCUACUAAUGUUAUUAGCACUGUGAGUAGUGGAACCAUGUCCAAUCAAUCUGGAACAUUACAACCCGUAUCUUCUGGACACAAUCUUCUUCAUUCAUUUUCCCAAAGCCAUUGGCGAUCAAAUCAAUCAAAUUUAUUUAAAUUUGAUCAUUCUACUCAGGCAAUAUCGUGGAAUAGUUUUCUUCAACAACAACAACGUCAAUCGGAAACCACAAACGCAGAUCAACAAGGUGAAAAUAUCUCAACAAAUACUGACCAAACCGAUUCGGAUAAUAAAUCGGCCAAUCAACAACAGCAAACAUCGGCAGUAAAUAAUAAUAUUAAUCAUCGUUUAUUUGAUUCGCUUCGAUCAAUUUGUCACCAGAGUCCAGAUAAUCUAGUUCUUCUUCAUGAUACCCUACUGGAACAUGUACAUAAAUGCCCAUUGACUACAGCAUCUAACAAUAAUACUGAUUCAGGAAAUUCAAAACAGCAACAGAUUAAUAUAUUACAUUCAUAUUUAAUGUCCAGUUCCCAGAAAUUUACACGACACAUCAAUACACAAUUGGAUGCAAUGUUGGAACAGGCGCAAAAAAGUCUUGAAUCCGGUGUGACCAUUUUACUACAACAACCUGUUAGCCAAACAGAUCAAUCAUCAAAUGCACAACGAUCAAAACAAUCACCACAGAAUAAGGAUAAAAUUUCUGGAUCAUCUGAUUCUAGUGAUCAACAAUCACCGAUGACACCAUCUGGACCAACAAUCACUAUCGGUCCUGGACAUAAUGUAACGUUGCUUUUAUUAGAAUCAGCUGUAUUGGUCGAUGUAGCGGUUCAUGAUUUAAGCAUGUUAAUGGGGACUAUGACUGAAUAUCGUCAACAUUAUCUGGGCUACAUUUGUAAUGUAUUGACUGCAUACAAAGAUAGCUGCACACGUUUAUACGAUACGGUUACUACUGAAAUGAUACACCAACCGUCAAUGACAUCGACAAUGACGACCAAUCAAUCGUUGAUGGGAGGUGUAUCUAAUCUUGAUCUUUCUGAAUCAAGCCAUACUUCAACAAUGUUGACAAAUUCCGAUCAACGACGAUCAAUUCUUUCUGCAUAUUGUGCACAUAAUGAAGAUAUUAAUCGAUUAUUAAAAUCACAACCGAAUUGGAUUCAAUUAGAGAUGGUAAAUCAAAGAAUACGGACAACAGCCAGUGGGAGAACGACACCCUCGUCAUUGAUCAAAUCACAUCAACGAUAUGGUGGUGUUGGUAAUGCACCUGCACGUCGUCAAAUGAUGAUGAUCAAUCGACAAAUGUCGACAUCAAUGUCAUUCGAUGUUGAAUCACCUGAAGAUGUUCGACAACGAAAUGCAAGCGAAAUCGAUAUUCUAAUUAAAAUGUUGUCACAGGAGAUAACUCAAUCAGAAUUACUUUGGAAUCAAGGUCAAUUAACUUUAUUGGCCAAUAUGCAACAAUCAUUCGAAUGGCUGGCUGUCCGUUGUGAUCAUUUGGUACAAAUGAUACAAUCACAAUCAUCAGGAUCAUCAUCAUCGAAUCGACGAAAUCGCAUGGGUUUGUCGAAUGAUUCCUCUGAUGUAAUCAUAGCCACAUUGAAUCAAUUAAGCGUAGAUUUUGAAGAACUUGGCCAACUAUGUCUCAUGGUAUUACAUUUAGAGAUACGGGUUCAUUGUUGUUAUCAUUUACAAGCGCUUGAUGCCCAAUUUUUCACUACACCGGUCCCAAGUACAAUGAUGUCUACCUCGGAUCAUUCUUAUAGUGGUAACCGAUCAUCCAAUGCAACAAACAGUACAUCGACAGAUCUGUCUGAUGAUGGUCGAAUAAUGCCAUUAUUAGAAGAUCUACAACGUAUGCAUUCAGAAAUAUCGGCUGCUCAACUGUCAACAUCCAAAAUGGGAUACCUUUUCGAAGGUCUUGGUCAUUUGAUGGCAACUAAAUUCAUCAAUUCAGCCAUGGCUGUAAAACGUGUCAAACCUAACGGUAUAAAACGUGCUUGUCGUGCCAUUUAUGAUAUUCAACGACGAUUAUCGACAUUAACGAAAUCACGUGAAUUGGCAUUAGAUUAUGCUAGACAGUAUUUCGAAAUGUUAUUAUUAACACCGGAAGAAAUAUUUUCCACUAUCAUUGAACGUGGUAGACAAUUUAAACCACAAGAAUAUAUCAGUGCCAUUACAUUGUUACAUCAAAGCGGACUAAGUCAAACAGGAUCAGAAACUGGUGUCAAUACAAUUAUGGCCAAUACAACAACAUCGGCAGCAAGCAAUAGUCUUGAUCAACAUCAAUCAAAUCAACAGCUACAGCGGCUAAUAAAACGAUUAAAUCAUAUAUUGGCCGAAGUUAUCUCAUAAUAAUAAAAUAAAAAAAAUGAUUAUAUAAUACA